GUUAAGUUCACUCCAAAAAUCAUUCACUCUUACAUAUCAGUGAUAUCACAUAAACGUAAAUCAGCAAUCAACUGAGAAAUGGCAUUCUCAAACAAUCUUCUUCUUAUUAGCCUUCUCUUUGCUGUUCUCCUCAUCUCUUCCGAGGUCGUCUCAGCUCAUCGUGAGCUAGCUGAGGCAACUCAAACUGCUGGCUUCCAUGGCAAUGAUCAUGGACAUGGUGGCCACGGGGGACAUGGAGGACGUGGAGGACGUGGUGGCCAUGGAGGCGCUGCUCAAGACGCUGCUGGGUUCUACGGCAACGAUCAUGGACAUGGAGGCCACGGAGGACAUGGAGGACGUGGUGGCCAUGGAGCCGCUGCUGAUGAGACUGAGACCGGAAACUAGAUAACUCUUUGUUUGCAUGCACCGCUGCAUGCAGCGAUGUGUGCAUUGGAGUUGGAGGCGUACUUGCUGGCUUAUAGAAUCAGAAUCACAGUAACUCUAGCUUGUUUUCCGUGUCAAUAAACUUGUAUUGGUUGAGUAGUCCUUAAAACUCUCAAUCAUAUAUGAUGCCUCUUCUUCAAGGUUUGUCUCUGUAAGUCCUCGGUCGGGUGAUCCCCGUGUUAUGUAUACUAUCUAAUGAUCUGUAUCAAUGCAACUUUAUCAUGGCUUUAAUUUGCUGCA